UUAUUAAAAAAAUAAUGUAAAAUCAGAAUUACGAGGUCCAUAAAAUUGUUGGAAAGAAAAAAUAUGAAAUUCUUGUUAAAGUACUUGGAUAAGGGCAAUACGCUAAGACCUAUUUGGCUCGAAACAUUUAAACUCAACAAUACCUUGCUUGCAAAGUUUAUAUGAAUUUCUACUAAUAGGUAAUUUCAAAAGAAUAAAUUGUUCUUCAAUUAAACUAAAUUGAAAACAGGGAAUUAGCAGAAAAAAAGAAACAAAAGAUUACAGAAAGAUUACAGAAUGAAGUUGACAAUACAAGCAAAAUGUGUAAUAUGCUAUUUAUUAUUUUUUAAAGAACAUCCUCAUAUUGUAAAAUUUGAAGAUUUAGUUGAAAGUCCAAAUAACAUUUACUUUUUUAUGGAAUACUGUUCUGGAGGAACAUUAGAAAAAUUGAUACAAGUUAGAAAAAGACUUAGUCAAGCUGAUGCUUUACCUUAUUUUAAAUAGUUGGCUUUAGGUAUAAUUAACAUUUUAAUAAUUAGGUUGUGGAUAUCUUUAUGAGAAAAACGUCAUUCAUAGAGAUUUAAAACCUUCAAAUGUUUUACUAUAAGAUAAUGUCAUAAAAAUAGCUGAUUUUGGUUUAUCUAAAGCUAUGGAAGAAUAAAUUAAAGAGAUAGCUAAUGAUAAUACUCCAUGGAUUGGAACACCCUUGUAUAUGAGUCCUUAAGUAGAUAGUUUUUUUAUUUUUAGGUUAUUGGGUAAGAAUAUUAUUCAAUAAAAUCUGAUGUUUGGUCACUUGGAUGCAUAUUUUAUGAAAUGCUUUGUGGAAAAACUCCUUGGUAUCAUGAAAAAGUUCAAUAUUUAUAAUAAAUGAUUUAAAAUGAAAGUGUACAGUUUCCAAAUGAUGUUUAAAUAUCAGACAAUAUGAAGAAAUUAAUUACAAAAAUGUUAGCUAAAACGGAAAAUGAUAGAAUCAGUAUCGUAUAAGUAAUUUAAUACUUAGAUUCAGUUUGAACUAAAUGAAUAUUAUUGCAAAUAAAUCAUAAAU